AUGGCUUCUGUAAUGGCUGUGCAGCCGCUGGCACCGAGGCCGUCAUCACACAUGAUCUCCGCGUGGGUACCUCAAAAGCAAAUUAUGGAAGGCAAAGAGAAUCGGCCUGCUCUGAAACAGCUUCACCAAGCCACGCCCACCGGUCGAGCACGUCGUGAAAGGCCAUGUGACGGAUGUCGGAAGCGCAAGAGUAAAUGUGUCUUGCAGGAGUCCCGGAAGUGCGUACUUUGCGAAUUUCAUAAGCAGGAUUGCACUUUUGUCGAACAGGCCCAGCCACGGAAACGGAAAUUAGUCGAAGGCAGCGAGAACCAGAGGUCGGCGAAGAAGAGUCCUGGUGCAAGUACGACCAACAGCUCCACGGCAGUUUCGUCGCCGCGCCUACCUCAGCAAUCGUUUGCGCCGCAAGACAAAUUCCAGGGCUCCUUCGUUCAAACCCAUCUACCCAGCACGGUGGACGAGAGUCUGAGUCUUCAACGGCACCGACACUGUAAAUAUCUGGGCCCUACCACGGCACUCGACUCUUCACUCAUCGGCGUCGGCACCUUCAACGACAAGAACGAGACGGCGUCGCAAGUCGGUACAUUGCGCCAAGUCACCGCGACGGAGUACUUCAGCACCCAUGCAGAUGCGGACGUACCCAUCCCGGAUGAUGAGGCCAGAGCACUGGCUGAGAUCGAUGCCAUCAUUGGCCAACACGGUCCAGCUCUGAUCGACAUUUACUUUCGCAAUGUGCAUCCAAGCUAUCCGAUCAUCCAGAAGAAAGUCUUCCUUGACCGGUUAAGGCAUGGGGACAGACAGUUCAACCCCCCUCUGCUGGCGUCGAUGUACCUCCUGGCGUUGGGUUGGUGGUCACGCGAGCCUAGCCUGGCGCAGUACCCGAAGCCGGACACGGGUCGUCUGGAGUACAUCGCUAUCACCAGCUUGACGAUUGCGAUGCAGAGGCCGAAGAUCUCUGCAGUACAGGCUGGGCUUCUUUUGCUGCAGCGAGCCAAAUCGAGUACAUGGACUUUGACUGUGCAGCUGGUAGCUUUGGCUCAGGACAUUGGCCUGCAUCUUGAUUGUUCGGAAUGGUCCAUCCCAAGGUGGGAGCGUCGACUUCGGAAGAGGCUCGCCUGGGCUCUGUACAUGCAGGACAAAUGGAGUGCUCUGAUGCAUGGCCGACCCUCGCAUAUCAAUGCAGCGGACUGGGCAGUUCAGCCGCCUACUGAGGAGGACUUCGACGAAAGUGUGGAAUCGAACACUGUAGACUCACUGGAUCCCGAGCUCGCCAAAGGCCGGACACUGUUCAUGCAGAUGAUCGCCUUGACCUCCAUCAUGGCCGAGGUCUGCGCGACGUUCUACUCUCAGACAGCAAAGGAUGAGUACGCUCGUGCCGGACAGUUCGCAACACAGCUGGUCCUGAAUCGAGCAAAGCCAGUGCAGAUAAAGCUGAAAGACUGGUUCGCGAAGCUGCCGGCUGAGUGCAAGAUGGACGCCUAUACUCCGGAUCAGCUCUGCAGUGUAGGCUACCUCCACCUGGGCUACUUUGCAACGGAGAUUUCCAUCCACCGGCGCAUCGUACAGUCGCUCGAUCCAGCCACAGCAAACCCGUACAUGCUUUACAUCUGCCGGUCUGCCGCCAAAACCCGCCUGAUCAGCGCAAUGGACUUCGUCAACAGGCUACGGCCCGAACACCUUGAUGCCUUCUGGUACUUCGCUUCGACGUCCAACUUCGCGUUGAUCGGGACCUUCGGCGCCUUGCUCAUGGCAACCAGUCCCGGCAAGGAGGAGGCGGAGUUCUACCGCUUCCGUCUCGCGGAGCUGAAGUGGACGCUAAGCGUGAGUGCGAAAAAGGCGCCAUGGAUUGGCAAUGCGUUGGAGCUGCUGGAUGCGAAUCUGGAGAUGCUGCAAGGUCUGCCAGAGAAGACAGAGGCGGCGGAGGUGGGCAGGUUUGAUGCUACGACCAUGCCGCCCCCGCCGCAGGGCCAGGAGCCGCAGUUUGGGUCGGAAGGGCAGAUGGUGUUUGGACAGAUGGAUGAGGACGCUGGAAACAGUGAGGUUAUGGAUCUGGAGGAGUGGUCUACGCCAUGA